GCAUUUGUAAUGUGAAAUCCGUAAACAGAAAAACAUUCAUCGCCGCUCUUAAUUCCGCUACUUUCUACACACUACGAUGUCGCCCCAAUCGCUAAAAAGCCAAGUGCAUAAACGUCAAAAUCACUAAAUUCCAAUUGACAUCGAGUGUUUUCGUGAAUUUCGUUCGUGAAAAGCGCUACAGUGUUUCCUGUCGAUAUUUAUCAAUUAUCUUCAAAGGCAAUUUGCUGUUAUCCAGUCCAAACGUCUCAGAAUCGAGUGCGGUUCAUCUGAUUAUGCAAAUAUCACAUAUAGAAUAACAUGGAACCUGAAGUGAAACGGCCAAGAUUUGCGUUAAAGAUUGAUGAAUGUGAAAAUUCCCGAGAAAAAACAGGAAAUGUUCCCAUGGAAAUAAAAUGUGUUCUAGCCAACGAGCUCACUAAUCAAGUUAAAACCACUCGAGUGUAUGUUGGCAUCAUAAAAAAUAUGAAAAAUGUAUCCACAUUGAUUGACCAGCUGAGCCGCAAACUACCCUUAGCGGAUUUACAACAUCUGAAGCGUGUUCGAAAAAACCAAAUAAUUCUGUUCAAAAAGGAUGCAAGUGCGACAACCGACAGUAGAAUAAUUGAUGAACAACAUCGAAAUACCGUUCUACAGUUUUUAGAGAAUCAAGGACUAGACGCUAACAUUGCUGCGGAACUUUGCAUUGAUUUGUCGAUUACUGAAGUUGCUGCAACCCAACCAAAACUGCGCUGGCAGUACGACGAAAUGAAUCGAUUAUGGCCGUGUAAAUUUCAUCCAAAUAAAUAUUUGGAAGCCUUACAUUCAAAUAAGAACUUCAAGGACGCGGAAAAAUCCUUUCAUAUGAAAAUAAUGUCAGCAGUUAAAUGUCUAGCGGAGAAUGAACAAUCAAGAACGGCUGGAAUUUGUGUUGAUCCCCGCACGAACAAUAUAGUCGCAAUAGCUUCAGAGCAAACCCAAAUCAAUCCGCUACUACAUUGCCCGAUGGUGUUAGCCGAUUUGGUCGCAAGGACCCAGAAUGGGGGAGUCUGGAGUUAUAGUAUUGACUUUAUGGAAAAUACAGGAACUCUUAAUUUUAGUGGCAUUUCAAGGAUACACUACGAACUUCUUAAUGCAAAUUUUGAAAGUCUAAAUUUCGGAGCAGAAAAAGUUGAUCCGAAUCGGAAAAUCAAUAAUGUGGAUGCAAUGGAGCAGGACAAUUUAUCAAAAUAUGGACCAUAUCUAUGUACCGGUUACGACAUCUAUUUAAUGGAGGAGCCGUGUUUAAUGUGUGCUAUGGCUCUAGUUCAUAGUCGAGCCAAAAGGGUUUUUUACAUGAAAAAGACCAAGAAAGGGGCACUAGGAUCCAGUUUAAAAUUGCACACUGUAAAAGAUUUGAAUCAUCAUUUUGAAGUAUUCCAGAUAUUCGAAUCAAAUGAAAUGGUUGAUUAAUCAUGACUGAUGUUGAACUAAUCACAAUUUUGACGAGAGAAGAUUCCACUAUUAAGUCAACUUUUAGUGCUCUUUCAUUAGGUUUCCCUCUUGUUUCUUCCUGAAAAGUUAAAGACCCAUUCAAAAUUUAAUUGCGCACUAAUCAGGAAUUCAUACUUCAGAAAGCUUAUCUCUAUGACCAGUCAUCCUGAGUCAUUGGAUGUUUUAUAUUCAAAUAUCAAAUUUAAGCAGUAAAUUUUUGGGAAAUAAUUUGUCCGCAGUCUGUAACACGGAAUGUCACCAUUAGGUUAAAUUAGGAAACAUUUGAAAAAAAGAUCCAAUUUCCAAUUAACUUGAACAGUUGCUAUGAGAUCCAAGUGAUGCCUUUUGUCUUGAAUUGUUACUUGAGAAUUUAAAGCCGCAAUUGACCAGCUCUUAUAACAGUAUUCUGAAGACAGUUCAUGUCGGCAUGCAAACCGGAGAAUAUACAUCUUAUUAAUAAAUUCAAAUAACUUUUUUUCGCAAUUAAGUACAAUUUCAAUUAGAAAUUAAGAACGUGACGUAAAUGGUUGAAAUUUUUAUUUGCAAAAUUAGCAGAGCAACGUAUGUGUAGGAGUACACAUUGUGACUUGUGAAGGAUAAACAAUUAAAAUUUAUGUUGGAUUUUAUUGUCUUUAUUGUGCUUGGAAAUUUUCCAUGGAAUCGUUAGAUGAUCCUCAUAACAGAAAAUAUGAAUGGCUUUUAAAUUAAAUUAUUCU